AUGGUGUUCUUCGUAAGCGGAAAAGCCGGCAGCAGCUCCGAGGAUCCAGUCGAGUGCGAAAAUCAGCCGGACGAGGCCAGCCGAGAGAUUGGCAUCGCGGGCAGCCGACACGUCAGCAGUAGCGAAGGCAGCGAGGCAAGCACCGAAGACGAAGGAAGCGAGGCCGCGGAUAUUGUCCACGAGGACAAAGACGCCGAUGACGACGCUGCCAGUACUGCUGUUAGUGCCAGCAGCAGCGGAAGAAGCAGCAGAGCCAGCGAUGACAUCGCGUCGACUUCGUCCUCUUGCACUGUCGAAGUGGGAAGGGCGAUGGCCAAUCUAUCAUGCCGGUUGUGUUCAGAGGAAGGCAGCGCACUGGAGGAACCACUGUUUCGAUGUCCGUGUCGCUGUUCGGAUGCAUUCGUCCACCGAUCGUGUCUGGAGCAGCUUCUGUACCUGGGCCCCGAUGGCCGCGUGUGCACGACAUGCGGCGUCCAUUACCCGGUGCGCCACCACACCAAACCGCUGUGGCAGUGGUUCUGGGAGAAGGAGUCGCGUGAAGACGCCACCUUGUUCCUGGCCAACCUCGUCUUCAGCAUGGGUAACAUCGGUGUGCUCACUAUGGCCUGGCUUUACGUGCUGUUCGAGUACCGCUCAAAGUCGUGGCUGCCGACAGCGUCACUGUCAUCUGCGUUGUUUGUGCUUUCCGUGCUCUGGGUCACCUUUGGCUGUCUGCGCUUCCACGUGCUCUUCAUGUCCCUUGUCCAGUGGAGGCGUGAUAACACCACUCUGAAGGUGCUGCUCACGAACAAGACCGUCGCGCAGGCCUGA